AUGCUUCGAACUUCACGCUUGGUGAAUGUGCCACAUCAAAAAAUCAAACUGCGACGUUAUGCCGUCACCUACGUUGGAAAACAACCGCCAGUACUGGGAAUACGUAGAGAAACAAUAAAUGCAUGGGAACGAAGAGCUCCAUUAGCACCAAGUCAUGUACAAAAAUUGACACGUCAAGGUGUCAAAGUUCUGAUCCAACCAAGUAAUCGAAGAGCAUAUCCAUUGAUUGUAAGUAUUAAUACAAGUAUAAUCUUGAAAAAAGUUACGCUCUACAAAUUUUUCUUAAAUUUUCAGGACUACAUGACAGCUGGCGCACAAGUUCAAGAAGAUUUAUCUCCAGCACAAUUAAUCAUGUCUGUAAAGCAAGUUCCGGUAGAACAACUACUACCCAACAAAACAUAUGCUUUCUUUUCGCAUACAAUCAAAGCUCAACCUGACAAUAUGGAGAUGUUGGACACAAUAUUGCAUCGGAAGAUACGACUCAUUGACUACGAGAAGAUUACGGAUGAAAAUGGUAAACGAUUGGUAAUGUUUGGGAAGUGGGCAGGAUAUGCUGGAUUCAUCGACGUUUUGCACGGCUUGGGACUACGCUUAUUGGCAUUGGGACAUCAUACGCCGUUCUUGCAUAUUGCAUUAGCUCACAAUUACAGCGACUCACACAUGGCUAUUAAUGCAAUUCGCGAUGCUGGAUACGAAAUCGCGUUAAAUCGGUUGCCACGGUAAAUUAUCAAGUCAUUUUUAAAUAUAAGUUAUAGUUUCAAAGAUAAAGUUAUGAUUUAAAAUAAAAAAAAUGUGCUGUCUGCGGACAUCUCUGGACAACAUUGUUAAAUUCUUUUCACGUUAUAAACUUUUGGUAAUUGCAGAUCUCUUGGACCUUUGAUUUUUGUAUUUACUGGGACUGGAAAUGUGUCGCAAGGCGCUCAAGAACUUUUUAAACACCUACCACAUGAGUUUGUUGACCCUUCUACUUUGCCACAGGUAACCGUUUUUCCAUAGUGUCCUAAAAAGCUUAAUUUUCUCGUAAAAUACGGAUUAAUAAUUUCCAAAUGAUCAAUUUAGGUUGCCAAAAAAGGUCAAAUGAACAAAGUUUAUGGAUGUGUUGUUUCUCGCAGCGACUAUUUGAUGCGAAAAGAAGGCGGAAUUUUUGAUGUAGAUGAGUUUACCGCACAUCCAGACCGAUAUGUCUCAAAAUUUGCCUCAGAAGUAAGUUUAAAAAAAAACUUGUUUAAUAAAUUCUAGAAUUCUAAGUUUGAUGUUGUUAUUUAAAACUAGUUUAAGUUGAACAAGGUUUAAAAGUUUAAAAUCUCACAAGGAAGGUACCCGACCUGCCCCGCUCUGAUUGACUUCAAACUUUUUAUAAAGCAAGAUCAUGUAAAUAUAAGAUCUUCAGCAAAGUAUUCCAGGAAAUCUCGAGAAAAUCGAGAUCAAAAAAUUACGUUUUGAAAUUCCCGCCAAAUUGGCAUUGUGUUUCAAGCUUGUAACUUUGCCAUUUUUUGAACUUUGUGAGUUUUUCUUUAAUAUACUAGUAGAACAUCUUUAAAUAAACCUACAUUUUUAAAAUUGUAAGUGAAGCUUGUCUGCAAAGUCGAAAAAAGUGCUUGAAACACAAUGCCAAAGUGGCCAAAUUGGCGGGAAACCAAACUAAUUCAAAUUUAAAACUCAAAAGCGUAGUCUAAAAUUUUUUAUAGGUACUAUUGGUAGUACAAAGAAUUCAUAUUAAAAUUUUGAGCUGAUUCUGAGCGGGACAGGUAGAGUACUUUCCUUGUCAGACAGUUGUUAUUGGUACUUACAGAUAGCCCCGUACGCUUCUCUUAUUAUCCAUGGUAUUUAUUGGGACGUUAAUACCCCACGAUUAAUUACUAUUCCUGAUGCCAAACAUCUAUUGACACCAACGGCUAACGCUGCACUUGACGUACCUGGCUGUCCAUCACUGCCCCAUCGACUUAUCGCCAUCUGUGACAUAUCGGCAGAUCCCGGAGGUUCCAUCGAAUUUAUGACUGAAUGCACCACAAUCGACAAACCAUUUAUGAUCUAUGACGCCGACUUUAACAUGGCGUACGACUCCUUCGAUACACCGUCCGGUUGUUUGGUCUGUUCUAUUGAUAAUAUGCCAGCUCAGAUGCCAUUAGAAGCAACAGAAGCCUUUGGAAAUCUUUUAUAUCCGUAUAUCUUUGAUUUGGUGAGUUUUAAGAUUUGUGUAACCUUUUUUUAAAUAUAUAUAUAUAUAUAUUAGAAAUUUAAUAUAAUUUAAACAUUUUUAGUUGAAUUGUGCAACUGAUCAACCUUUUGAGCGUUUGGAAUGUCGUCCUGAUGUUAAGAACGCUAUUAUCACGGAUAACGGAGAACUCACACCAAACUACAAGUACAUUGACACUCUUCGAGCUGAACAAACGUAAGUUGAUAUAUAUUUCGUUGAAUAGUUUUAUCUAUACUUUUAUUAGUAUUUGGUUACGAUUUUCAUUUUAUGUAACAAGCGGCGCCUUGUUGGUGUGUUUUACCAAAUUAAUGCGUUUUAUGUUUUUUUAGUUUGAAAUAUUUAUUACUUAAAGGUUUCAACUUUAAUACAUUGAUUUAGUAUAUUAUAUCAUAAAUCAUAAGUAUUUUCACAAUAAAAGUUUAUUUAAUAAUUUAAUUUUUAGAAUUCGUUCGUCUCACAAAGCCAAGGCAAUGGCUGGAAGAGAAGAUGCAAAAAGAGUGUUGCUAUUAGGUGCUGGUAUGGUAUCUGAUCCACUGGCUCAUUACUAUAGUCAACAACAAAAGGUAUUACUGACUGUUGCGGCGGAUUCGGCAAAAGAUGGUAAACGUUUGGCCACAUUGGGAGAUAACAUUCAAUCUCAAGUUGUGGACGUUAAUAAGGAACCGGAGUUGAUUGAUAGUCUUGUUGAACAAAACGACUUGGUUAUAUCACUGUUACCUUAUGUCUGUCAUGCUGGUAUUGCAAAAAUGUGUAUUAAACACAAAAGGAACAUGGUUACCAGCUCAUAUAUUUCUCCGGAGUUGCAGGCUUUGGAUCAGGAGUAUGCGUUAAAUAGAGUUUUCUGUUGUCUUGUAGAAGUUUAGUUAUAGAGGUGGUAUCAGUUUAUGACUUUAGUUUGCGUAAUUUUGUAACAUUUUUUGGUUGUAUGUAAAAUAUCUUUAAUUAUUUCAGAGCCAAAGAUGCGAACAUUACGGUAAUGAAUGAAAGUGGGCUUGAUCCAGGAAUUGACCACAUGUUGGCUAUGGAGUGUUUCGAUCGUGUUCAUGAAAUGGGCGGUAAAAUCAAGUCGUUCGUCAGCUUUUGUGGUGGACUUCCAGCUCCAGAAGCGUCUGAUAAUCCGCUGCGGUACAAGUUUAGCUGGUCUCCGAAAGGAAUGUUGUUGGCUUUGAUGAAUCCGGCUAGAUACUUGAUGAAAGGACGAGUUGUGGAUGUUCCUGGAAAUGGCGGGGUUAUUGAUGACUUGUAUCCGAUUGAUUUUAUGCCUGGAUUUUCGUUGGUCGGAUACGCUAACAGAGACUCGACGAAGUACCUGGAAAUUUAUGGAAUUGAGGAUGAGUGCAAGACCUUGCUAAGGGGCACUUUGAGAUACGAGGUAUGUAUUUGUUUUUUAAUACUCUAAUAUAAAUAGUUUUAUGUUUUUAUAUUAAAAGAAUUUUUUAGGGUUUUGUUGAAGCAAUCCGUGCAUUGAAGAAAGUUGGCUUGCUAUCUAUCCAAAAACACGAUGUUUUUAAUCCAAUGCAAGGUCCUGACUUGACUUGGCAACAAAUUAUGGCCGUCCUUUUUAACCAACAACCGGACAUUUUCCCGGACCAAUUGCGAAAGAUUGUCGCUGAUCGACUGGGAGACAAAAAAGAGUACAAAGCAUUGGAAGAGUUGGGACUGUUCAGUGAUAAUGCACCGGAGAGAAACUUGAACCCUCUGGAUACAUUGGUGCCUCAUUUGGCGAAGGCUUUAGCUUAUAAAGAAGGAGAAAGAGAUCUGGUCAUAUUGAACCAUGACAUCGAAGCUCAGUUGCCUGCAGGAUCUACGGUUAGUUGUUCAAAAAUAACACGAGCUUAAGUUUUGCUUUUUUGGAUUUCUACAAGUUAAAAAAAGUUAAAAGUUUGAAAAGGAAAGGUUUACCAUACUGUUUAGAAAAAAAAGAUUGUAUUUUUUAGGAACGUCACAGAAUUAGCUUGGUAGCCUACGGCGAUCCUCAUGGUUACUCAGCAAUGGCUAGAACUGUAGGAUACACUACGGCGAUCGUAUCUCAUAUGUUGCUAAACGGCGAAAUUCAACGUAAAGGAAUGAUUCGCCCGAUUACGAAAGAGAUUUAUCGACCGGCUUUGAAAAGACUUCAAGAUUUUGGAAUUCGAGCAACGACCAAAGUGACACACGGAUAA